GCCCGUCGUCUAAAGUAGAGAAGGCAUCAUAUUGGUUCGUAAGUGAUUACUCUCAUCCUAAACCUCGGAAUAGAUACAACCAUGUCGUUGAAGAUACCCCAGUCAACCAAAACUAUAGUCUUGAAGAAAUCCCCAGAGGGAAGGUCGCCUGUAUAUCACGACGCUGUUCUCGAAGAACGUCCAAUCCCUGCUUUGAAGCCUGAAGAAGUACUCGUGAAGAUAGGGGCAGUGUCGUUUAAUCGCCGAGAACUUUGGAUAAGAUUAGGCCAGUAUCCGGGUAUCACAUUUGGGAGCGUACUAGGCGCUGAUGGAGCUGGGACUGUCAUCGCAUCUGGAAGGCCGGAUGAUCACCUAAUCCUGAAACGUGUCUUCCUUGUUCCCAUGCGCGGAUGGGAUACUGAUCCAGAAGCACCAGAAUCAGAUUUCGGAAUUAUUGGAGGUGGCAGCAACCCUCCCAUUGGCACAUUUUCCGACUAUGUCGUAGUUGAGCGAAAUCAGGUAGUUCAAUCCCCUGACCACCUGGAUGACGUGACGCUUUCAGCUUGGCCAUUAGGCGGUCUCACUGCUUGGCGAGCGGCAAUCGUCAACGCGGAGGCUUCUAGAGGACAGAAUAUUCUGAUCACAGGCAUAGGAGGAGGCGUAGCCCUUCUCGCCAUGCAAUUGUCUCUCGCAAAAGGUGCCAACGUAUAUGUGACGAGUGGCAGCGAGGAUAAGAUCCGAAAAGCCGUAUCUUUAGGAGCUAAAGCUGGAGUCAACUAUAAGUCGAAAGAUUGGGCAAUUCAACUGUCGAACAUUAUCAAGGAGGGUAAUGGCACAGGAAAGAUUGAUGCCAUCGUUGAUUCCGGGGGAGGCGAUAUCAUGGGGCAGGCAAGCAAAGUGCUCAAAGCAGGAGGGAAAGUAGUCUGCUACGGAAUGACCGCAAAUCCAAAGAUCACGUUUACGAUGCGUGAAGUCUUAAAAAACCAGCGGCUAAUUGGAUCGACUAUGGGGUCUCACAAAGACCUUCUUGACGCGACCAAGUUUAUGGCGGAGCAUCGUAUCACUCCCAUAGUUUCACAGGUUGUGAACGGCUUAGCAGCUACAGAAGAAGGCUUUGAUAUCAUGAAACGCGGCGAUCAAUUUGGCAAGAUCGUUAUCAAACUGGAGAACACAGAAAGGGCAUAUUUGUAACAAAAAUAUGCCUCGCACUUCCGAUGAGUUAGGUCGAGCUGAGUCAGUAUCAGGUCUGUAGUCAUUGGGUGCAGUCAUCCGUUUUCAUUGAAUUUUCUCGUCAUGUUUCAAAGUCUACACUCGCCUGCUCUUUAAACCUGUGUACCGGAUAAAUGUAGUCUUUAGAUGUCGAAUCCAAUAUCCCAUAUUGCUACAAGCUGAAAGCCUAGCUUGCCACAUUAUGUAGGAAAGGUUCCAAGGGUAAAAAGCGUUUGCUUUUGUUUCCCCUUUCCUUUCCUUCCCUUUCCAGACGAAAUGUCCCCUACAGCCCCAUCACCAGUUGCGAUAGACUCUUCCUGUACAGCAGAUACACCAUUAUUCCCUGGUUUCCAAGCGGAGGUGAUAGUAGUCGUGUCACCAAGGAUAUUCCUCAGAGAUUGAUUCCCACUGACAGACGGCUUAACACGCGUCGAAGUCGAGGUAGGCAGUUCGGGGAAAGCGUUUUUUGACAACGACGGAGGUGCACGCGCAGCGGCAGCCUUAUGAACAGUGACCGCAGGAGCUGGUACAGACGAAGGUGCGCGCACUCCCGAGGAGUUACUCGCGGACCAUGGCGUGUUGCGCUGCCCUUGACGGAAUCCAACCCCAACAGAGGGGUUCAUUUGUAGCGCUGGGAAUCGGUCUGGUGGGCGUGGGGCUGGAGCAGGAGAUGGUGCCAAGCCGUGAGAGGAGGUUGAGGAUCCGGCUGCUUGAGCUACGCGGUCCCAGACUUGUCUAGAUGAUUGGUUAGAUGACCGGGAUGUUGUGGCAUGUUUUGCAUUCAGAACACGACCACCUGUGAUUCCUGCAUACUGGGAACCCACAGCAGUUGGAACCAAGUCGGGGAACUGCCUACG